AUGGACACCUCGUAAGCAAACGUACGUCCCAAGUUGAUUGCUGUCAUAUUGUUGAUCAAUUUGUUAACUGAAUUUAAAGACUUAACAAUAUAAUAAUACAAACGUUAUAUCACCCAUGGAGUAGUUGUGUGAAAAGGUCUGGUGGAUAAAAGGAUGAAUUUUUCCUUUGCUGGAUGUGGAUUUUUAGGUAUCUACCAUGUUGGAGUCGCGAGCUGUUUAAAACAGCAUGUCCCGCAUUUGGUGGACAGCGUGAAGUUUGGAGGAGCUAGUGCUGGGGCAAUUGUAGCCUGUUGUUUGAUGUGUGAUUGUUGCCUAGGUGAAUGUACAAGUUUUACUCUAAGACUAGCCAGCAAGGCCAGGCAUCACUCCUUAGGACCUCUGCACCCAAGUUUUGAUAUCAACCGUAUUUUAAGAGAUGCUCUUUAUGAAGUGCUACCAGAAAAUGCCCAUAAGAUUACAUCUGGACGAUUACAUAUCUCCAUAACUCGUGUUUCUGACAGAAAGGCUGUGAUUGUGUCAGAGUUUGAGUCCAAAGAUGAACUAAUUCAGGCUCUGCUGACCAGUGCUUUUGUCCCACUGUACUCCGGUUUGGUGCCACCUUCAUUCCGUGGUGUGAGGUAUGUUGAUGGUGGAUUGAGUGACAACAUCCCUCAGCUAAACAAUGAGACUAUCACAGUUUCACCAUUUUGUGGCGAAAGUGACAUAUGUCCUCGAGAUGCCUCCGCCAAUCUGAUGCACAUCACACUGGCUAACACUAGCUUCCAAUGUUCGGGUGACAAUCUAUAUCGCAUGAGUCGGGCUCUGUUUCCACCCCAUCCCGAAAUUCUCAGUGAUAUGUGCCAGGAGGGUUUUGAUGAUUGUCUCAAGUUCUUACAGAGAAACAAUCUGAUAUCAUGUACACGACAUCUAAGUGUUCGAUCUGAAAUCAUUUCGGUAUCUAAGGGCAUGUUAGAAUCCACAUCAGAAGACCUAUUGGAAGAUGAAGAUAAAUCUUCUUCAGGAGAAGAAACCUCUGAAGAUGAUAUAGAUGGUGUGUGUGAGGGGAACCAUGAGGAGGAUGAAGGAUGUGCUGACUGUAAAAGGAAGGUCCAGGUUGCACUGAUAGACACACUGCCUCCCUCAGUAGUUGAAGCUUUUCAGGCCACAUCUGAUUCCAUGAACACAGGUAUGAUCAGUUGUGUAAGACAGAACCGAGCCUUUCGUCUCCUUUUGGCUAUGGGUACACCCUGGUUACUGCCUGCUGACAUCUUUUAUACCUACACACUUAGAGCACUUCGAUACUUACCUUCCCUGCCUCAUGAUGUACGUACUUUGUAUGCAGAAGGGAGAGAACUCCUGAAUGCUUUGUUAUCCCACCUAUCUAGACACAGCAGAAAGUACACAGCUAGAUUCACGUGUCAGCUGGCCAUAACAGAGGUGAAUUACCCUAGUGGAGGUGACAUUGAGAGAGCUCUUGCAUCCAAUGAUCCUUUCUUACCAGUCCCUGAAGAACCAAUUAUCCGCAACCUCAACAUUGGAUUUGCUGUCGAUUUUGAAACUGACCGUCCAAAUUCCAUUCAUUCUAUACAAGACCUCGAGGGCCGAAUGGAGCACAUGGAUUUGAAUGGAAUAGAACUUCAGUCCCAAGGGAAUGGCCAGAAUGUGUCAAUUAGUACAGAUCUACAGCAGCUACAGUCUUCCCAGGUACCUUGUCAGCUCAUCUUUGAUACAUUUGAACAGUGCCUUCACAUAUCCAAUGAAAUGGAGUCAACCAUAGCUUACUACUACAGGGAUGAAAACAAUUCCAACACCUAUAACUUCCAAGAGAUUUACAACAUUGAUAAUGUUGACCUAAACAUUCCAAGUACUAUUGACACAAUUCAAACCUCCCACAAUACCUCAAAGAUGGCCGACACCAACAAUGAUUCAUGGGAUAAUUUUGUUGAACGCAAUGCAAACCUUGAACAGGAGGUGGAUGAACACAUUCGACAGGAAAUCGUUCUAGUGCCACAUGAGAACGAAAAGCAAACCAAUGCAGCAUCGAACAGAGUUCCAGAUGAAGGUGUGUGACUCCUGAUAAUAAGUUGAACUUGGUAUAAAGAGUGAUUGUCAAUGACAAGGACUGUGCUAAAUGUAUAUAAAAAGUAUUUAUUUUUGUAUUGAAGUAUUAUAUGUAUGCUUGAAAUACUCACCCAUUGUGAAAUGGCAGAAAUAUUGAAACCAUAAGCUAAAAUCGUAUAUUUUUAGCAAAUCAUGUUUAUGUGAAUGUUUCUUAAGCAAGGCCUUUUGAAAAGAAAGUGUUGAUGUUGUUAAGUUAUUUUUGUUUUGUUAUUGUUAAAUAUUUUAGUGCAGACAUUACCAGUAUAUUUUAAAUUUGAAUUUUAUGACAUUGCAGGAUACGAUUAAUUUUACUUAUAUAUACACAUGUAAAACAGUUUUAAAAUGGGAUGCAACUAUUAUACUUGUUUUAGUUUUUAGGUCUGUUUUACAUAGUCGUGAGUCCUCCGUUCAGAUUUAUGUAUGUGAUACGGGGUUUUUAAAUAUCAGUGAAUGUUCUCUGUAUUUGAAUUUCUAAAGUAAAAUCACUUUUUAUGAUAUUGAUUUUAUCUGAAAAGCAAACUUGUAUGUAAAUGACACAUUUUAUGUUUGUGUGUGUAAUUCAAGUUCAAGUCUGAAAUGAUAAUUGAAUAUAUUUUAACAGUUAAUUUUGUAAAAAUAUCUAUUUAUUUGUAAUACACUUUAGCUUCACAGUUAGAUUGGACAAUUUUUAACAUCACAUAUCAGGUACCCUUGGCUAUAAAUAUUUUUGCUAUUGAUCUUUAUCUUAUACUCGCCCUCCAAGUCCUAAUUUUAAUCGUAGUGUUAGAUACUAGGUGCUGUUGAUUUUGACAUUUGUAUGCUAUUUUUUACACCAAGACUUUCAGAAACAGAGCAUUUUCUGAUUUAGUUUAGAAUCGAUUUUUCUUUGUGUUGUACUGUAAAGUUUUAGAAUAAAAACUUAGUAUCAAGCAAGCUUGAAAAUUAAGCAGGUUAAAUGUUAGUUGUUUUAGAAGCAUCAUGUUAAGUAUUUCUGUUGUUUGUUGUAGGUGUGUUGAUUUCAUUUUACAUCAAUAGUGCAGUACUUAUCAUCUUAUAUAUUUAUAUAUAAUGCACAAGUAUAUAUGUAAUAUGCAGAAUUUGCCUUAUAUAUGAUGAACUGAGUCAUAAAGCUUUCUACCUCAUCACCUGUGUUUGAUAAUGACAGAAUCCAAAUGUAUAUUUCAGGUAAGCAUCAAACACUUGUGCUGAUCUGGGCAUGUUAAGACCUGUUAGUUGAUUAUGAAGUUCUUUAUAAUUUUUGAUGCUGCGGAUUGUUUAAAUUAUUAAAUUGAACAAAAAUAAAA